CCCGGGCCCGCCCCUCCAGGGUGCCCCGCCCCGUCCCCGCAGCCCCGCCCCUCGGCCGCAGCUCCCGGCAGCCCCCGCGGUGUGGGAGGGGCGCGGGCCCGUCACGUGAGCGCCGUGUUCGGGCCCGCGGCGGCGGCACGGGAGGUGUCGGGGCCAGCUGCAGCACAAAAAUCAAAUGUUUUUGUAAAGCUGAAGGAAUGAACACAAGUUUCCUCACAUCUGACACUGAAGUGGGCAACUGAAAUGACUGGUUGAAUCUGGAGCCUUCUGAGCAAGACAGAACAAAAAUACCCGGCAUGGCCUCAUCAUCAACACCGAAAUAUAAUUCAAACUCCUUGGAGAACUCCUCAAGUAAACAGACUCUAAAAGAUGGAACUAAUUGGGAACAAAAUGAAGAAAUACCUCGUCUGCCAGGGGAGACCAGGGUUACAGACAAGGAUGUUAUUUAUAUGUGUCCAUUUAAUGGCCCUGUUAAAGGAAGAGUGUACAUCACGAACUACAGGCUGUACCUAAGAAGUGUGGAAAAUGAUCCAGUUGUGAUAUUGAAUGUUCCACUGGGUGUAAUUUCAAGGAUUGAGAAAAUGGGAGGAGCUUCAAGCAGAGGAGAGAACUCUUAUGGAUUAGAUAUAACCUGUAAAGAUAUGAGGAAUUUACGGUUUGCAUUAAAACAAGAAGGGCACAGUAGAAGAGAUAUAUUUGAAGUCCUCACAAGAUAUGCUUUUCCCCAGUCACAUAACUUGCCUUUUUUUGCCUUUGUAAAUGAAGAAAAGUUUCCUGAAAAUGGGUGGAUGGUGUACAACCCGAUGUCUGAAUACAGGAGACAGGGGCUGCCUAACGAGCGGUGGCGAGUGACUUUCAUUAACGAGCAUUACGGGCUGUGUGACACGUACCCAUCGCUCUUGGUCGUGCCGUACAAUGCCACAGAUGAUGAUCUCAAGAAAGUUGCUGCCUUUAGGUCCCGAAAUAGAAUCCCGGUUCUCUCGUGGAUUCACCCAGAGACCCAAGCUGUAAUCAUGCGCUGCAGUCAGCCCCUGGUUGGAAUGAGCGGCAAGCGGAACAAAGAUGAUGAAAGAUACCUUGAUAUCAUCAGGGAGGCCAACGGGCAGAUCUCCAAACUGACCAUCUAUGAUGCAAGGCCCAGUGUCAAUGCAGUUGCAAACAAGGCAACUGGGGGAGGAUAUGAAGGUGAAGAUGCAUAUCCCAAUGCAGAACUUUCCUUCUUGGACAUUCAUAAUAUUCAUGUCAUGCGAGAAUCUUUGAAGAAGCUGAAGGACAUUGUUUAUCCUAAUGUGGAAGAAUCACACUGGUUGUCGAGUCUGGAAUCAACCCAUUGGUUAGAACAUAUAAAGCUCGUCCUGACAGGAGCCAUUCAGGUGGCAGACAAGGUGUCGUCGGGCCGGAGCUCGGUGCUGGUUCACUGCAGCGACGGCUGGGACCGCACGGCUCAGCUCACCUCCCUGGCCAUGCUCAUGCUGGACAGCUACUACAGAACCAUCGAAGGCUUUGAAGUGCUGGUGCAAAAAGAGUGGAUAAGCUUUGGACACAAGUUUGCAUCGAGAAUAGGCCACGGUGAUAAAAAUCAUGCUGAUACAGACAGAUCGCCCAUCUUUCUCCAGUUUAUUGAUUGUGUGUGGCAGAUGUCUAAACAGUUUCCUACGGCCUUUGAAUUCAAUGAGCAGUUCCUGAUUACAAUCCUGGAUCACUUGUACAGCUGCCGGUUUGGCACUUUCUUGUACAACAGCGAGUUCCUCAGAGAAAAAGAGAAAGUGACUGAGAGAACGUUAUCCUUAUGGUCUUUGAUAAACAGUGAAAAAUCUAAAUACACCAAUGCUUUUUAUAGUAAAGAGCUAAAUCGAGCACUCUAUCCAGUAGCCAGCAUGCGGCAUUUAGAGCUCUGGGUAAAUUACUACAUCAGGUGGAACCCCAGGAUUCGGCAACAACAGCCAAACCCCGUGGAGCAGCGUUACCUGGAGCUCCUUGCGUUGCGUGAUGAUUAUAUCAGGAGACUUGAAGAGCUUCAGAUCACAAAUAAUUCUAAGAUAUCCAAUUCAUCAGCCUCAUCAACAUCUCCCUCACAAAUGGUGUCCCACGUACAAACACAUUUUUGAAGAAAAUGUUGGCUUCUUUCUAUACUGUAAUAGCAAGUGGUGCUUAACAUAGAUCUAUCGAGAGGAAUAUUCUAAUGCCUUACACUAGACUGUCCUAACACAAAUUACUUUAGACUGUCUUCAUUUGAGGAGGACUUCAAAACGAACAAACCCAACUCUUCGAUUACGUGCCUUUCAGAACCUGUGGACUGGGAACAUUAUUAAUAAACUCAUAGCUAUGGAGGGCUUUAAGAGUUAUUUUGGUAGGUCUGGUACAAUUGAAAUUAAAGUGAUUUAUUGUUUUCAUAAGAAUGCUUUAAUUUAUUACAUUUUAGGUCAUGUUUCUGUAAGGAAAUUCAUGCUCAGUCUUACCUGUCGUGAAUAAACACAAUAAUGGCAAUAGGAAUAUUGACAUUGUAUAUAAGUAGCUAUGUCUGUAUUCCUGUUAGGAAUACAUUCAUGGAGUUCAUGAGAGAAAAAUAAAUUAUAUUGCAGGAUGUCAGAGAGAAGUGUUGAAACUUUCUGAUUACCCAAAAAUUCCAAAUUUUCCUUUUUUUAAAUAAACAGAAAUAUGGAAGGCAUUUCACUGAUAUGCUUCUAAAUAAAAAAUUCAAAUAGUUCAGUAAGAUAUCAAAAUAAAAGCAACUUUUUUAUUGUAAAUUUAUUUUUUUUAAAAAACAAAUGAAAGUUGUACUGGUUUUUGAGAAGUUCUGUUUGGGCUAGCUGUUCAGCACUGAAGUACAGUACAAAUUAUCACUGUGGGCAGUAUUGGUUCUUUGAAUUAAUACAGAAUUAAAUGUUUCCAAAAGAAGGUUUAUAAAAUGAAAAACAGAACCACAGAGACACUGCUUAAAUAUCCAGCAAUAGCCAUAGUAUUAAAGCUUCUGUUUGUCUUUUAAAAAUAAAUGUGCCUGUUUAAAGGAGCUUUUAUACCAAAGUAGACACAAAUUCUCAGUUAUAAAUAAUUUUUAAAACUUGUACAUUUAUACUUUACGGUUUAAUUUAACUCGUGUUCAGCAAAUUUAUUCUAAAGUAUUUAAGGGGCUUCAGUAUCCAAGAUUUGCAUAUAGUGUGUGCACUUACACUGAACAUUCAAGUGAGCUCUAGUUUCAAGCCUACCUUUCAGAGGCUUUUUGUAACUCUUUAAUUUGUUCCUUUCAGGUAAUUUUUAAAUAGUUGCAAGCAUUUCUUAUGACAGUAUAAACUUUGCUCUUGAUAUUUAAUUAAAAUUUUGCAUAUUCUCAUCAGUUGAAUGAUAUUCAAGCAAUCCAGGAAAUACUGCAAAUCAGAAUCUGUAAAGGACUCUAAUAUUGUUAUUUUAAAGGAGAUAUUUUGAUGCUUGAGGCUUCUGUCAUUGUAAAUUAUUGUACAUGUGGUGAGUUUUGAUCUGCAAGAUAUAAUAGGAUUAUAUAUAAAUUAAGUUUUGUGUAAGUGUAUAUAAUAUAGUUUAUUAGAAAUUCUGCAAGUUUAUAAAGUGUAAAUAUUUUGCAUAUGAAAACUAAAUUUAAAGGUAUAGUUCCAUAAAAUAAGUCAAAGUUUAGAGGACGUUGAAUAUUUAAAACAGUAUUUUUUCAAAGGAAUAAAAAUAUACCGCCUCUGGAUUUAAUUCAAUAUAUGCACUGAGUUGCACUAUGUUUUCAGGGAAGUUCGGAGCAUGCAGCAUGUGUGCUCUAAAUAUGCAGAAUUAUAUGACUUUUGUCCUCUAAAUUUCAUUCUCCCAUCCAUGCUCUCCAGUAUGUGUAUCCAAAAUACCAAUGUUGUCCCCCCAUCUUGACUUGUUAAGAUUCAUUACAUCAGAUAAAUGAAGAAGGAUACUCAGUUGUUCAUGUAAUGUAUUUUACAUUUUGAAAGCUAUGCAUACUCUGGUAUAUUUGCCUUCUACUUACUUGUGGUUUAUUUAAAGAAAAAAGUGCUAUUUUUAUUAGAAUAUUUAAAAUUUCUGUAUUUGAGUUUAACAUUGUUUAUUGGUGACAUCUCUGAGCGGUGUGAAAAAGUUCUGAAAAUCUAAUACUUUUUACUGUGUAAACACUACAUGAUAACCUGUUACAUUUGGAAAAGUGUAAUGUAAUGGAAAGGAUCUUUUUGCACUUAGUUCAUUACAUAUUACUUUGUAUUACUCUUCAGCUGAAUUUGUCCUUGAAGCUCUCUAACAUGACUGUGUGGGCUUGGAAUUUUUCAAGUCAGCAGAUAGGAUAUGUGUUUUAAUUGUUUUUACAUAUGAGACCAACGUAAAGGUGAUUCUAAUCCAGUAUGUUCUGGAAAAUACUACUUGUGAAUGUAGGCAUACAGAUUUAUCAGUGCUAGCAGAACAUCUCUCUCCUUCCCCCAUAACUGGGUGCUCUGGGCUGUUGUUGUGCACAGACCUCCUGUCCUCUGUGCACACUGUUCCCUGCCAGGAGCACACCUGGGGAAGCUUCUGAGGUCGUGAAGAUGAGACUGGCAGGUGCUGAGUGCCUUUUCUAGGAGGGGGGAAAAAGCAGAGCUGGGGUGUCAGUAUCACCAGCAAUGAACGCCCAGUAUCCCAUAAGAAAUGUCAGUCUUGGAAUGCUAGUUUAGGUUUUUUGUAUUCUUCCUUCCAUGGCCAUGAGAAUAAGCUAGGUUUUGCGCUGGGCUUCUGUUACUUAUUUAGAAAGAUUAUUUGUUGAAUGCCUUCUUUAUUUGCUCAUGCCUUAUCCUUCCCCCAGCAUCAGUUAUGGCUGUACCUAAGACAUGACUUGUGUGCUACCUCCUUUUGAUGUAUUGUUAACCUCUGCCUUGAGUUCAAGUGUUGUGUCGCAGCGAGCAUUCUGUCAUGCAUGAGAAAACAUGAUCAGUAACAGCGCAGGAUCUCCUCAGUACUGCCGCUUCCUCACUAACCAUGUCGGCCGCUCUCCUUGGAUGCCGCGGGACUGCGCUGGAGCCGGGCCCUACGUGUCAGGCCUUGGGUCCGAGGAGAGCAGUGAACAUCAUCCGUCUGCCGUGUAUGUGCGGGGAGGGGAAAAUAAAGAUGUCAGUGCUGACCUCUCUGUC